AUGGCACUGCGCGCGGCCCCCAGGCUCCGCGCGCUGCAUUCCGCCGUGCUGCGCGCCCCGCCUUCCCCCGCCGCCUCCCCCCCCCUCGCUCUGUUUCCGCCCGCCGUAGAGGCUUGGGGCUUUGGGUUGCGCGCGGCUGUUCCGCGCACGGGGCAAGGGCGGAAGGGCAGCCGAGCAGGGGAAGCCGCCGUUACGGUCGGAUCGGGUGGAGGGUUUGUUGCGCGAGCGAAGGACAGUGGCAGCAGCGGCGGCAAGAGCGGCAGUAGGGGUAGCAGCAGAAGCGUUGGCAGCAGAUCUAGCGGCAGCAGCGGGCGGGGCAAACGCGUCGAGGGGCACGGGCGCAGUGGCGGAUGGGCGCAAGGGGGCAGGUCGGACGGGGGCCGCGGUUGGCGGCAGGGCGGGGGGAGGACGGAUUUUGACCGCGCUGACGGCGAGAACAGGGGCUUAUCGCGCGAAUGGGGAGGUGUUUCUGCGGAGAAGGAGCGGGAGGUCGCGCGCGGCCCGUCGCUUUCCCGAGGAGUGUGCCCUCCGCGACCGGAGAGAGGCGGGGCGCGGGAGCGCGCGGAAAGAGGGGAUAGAGAGGGUUUAGGGGCAGGAGAGAGCAACGGGGAGCAGCGUCGCGGGGAGGCGCGCGAGGGGCGCCGGCAAAGGGGCGCAAGGGCGCAGGCUGGGCGGGCGGAAGGGGGAGGGGGGGGAAGAAGGGUGGGAGGCGAGGGGGAGUUCCACCACUGGUGGGGGCGCAAGGGCAAGGACGCGUGGCAGCGCGGGGUGGGGGAGGGAGCGAUAGAGAAGAUGCAGGAGGCGUGGGAGAAGGGGACGUGGGGCGGGGAGAAGCUGGGCACGUGGGCGCGCAAGAAGCUGAAGCAGGGGUAUGGGUGGCGCGCCAAGGCGGCCGUGAAGGAGUGGGAGCUGAUGGAGGCGCGGUGGAUGCAGGAGGACAGGGCGCGCCUGCUGGCGGAAUUCAACGUGGUGUGGGACGAGGGGCGCGGGGCGCACGGUGGGGGAGAGGGGGGCAUCGUGGGCAUGGUGGGAGAGGUAGAUGGAAGGGAGGAGAAGAGUGUGUGGGGCGGGGUGGAAGGGGAGGGGAGUGAUGGGAGUGAUGGGGCCGGGAUGGCAGGAGGGGAGGUGGAGAAUGGGGGAGAGGGUGUGGUGGGGGGAAGGGAGCGGAAAGGGGGGAGGCGGAGGAGGAAUGAGGAGUUUGUGCGGUUGAUGGAGGGUGGUGCUGGGGAGAGCAUGAGAGAUGCGCGCAUGCAGGGUGGGGAUAGUAGCGAUGGCAGUCGUAGUAAUGACAGCAACAGCAGCGACACUGUCCGUGAGAGAUCGAGUGAGAGCACCGAAGGCACCGGCGGGAGCAGCCGCAUAAGGGAGCGGGUUUUCCGAGCCGUGGAGAUCGACAGGGCGGCAUUUGUUCGGCAGUUUGUGGUGCCGGGGCUGAGAGUGCCGCCCGCCUCGUGUGGGCCGCUGGUGAAGCAGCUGGCGGCAGCAGGGUGCCUGCUGGACUGGCCUCGCCUUAAGAACGUGGCUCGCGUGGCAGGGGAUGGGGGGGAUGGGGAGGGUGGUGGGGAUUGGGGGGAUGUGGGGAAUGGGGGGCAGGUUGAGGGCCGAGGGGUUCGAGGCGGGCUGGGGGUAGAGGAGAAGAAAAACGGAGGGCCGAACACGAAGGGGGGUGGAAGAAGGGAAGACGAGGGCAUGGCACAGGUGAAGUUGGUGGGUGCAGUGGCCUUGCCUGAUGGCCUCCCCUGGCGCGCCCCCCCACCACUGUCCCUCCCCACCCAUGACAGCAGGCAUGGCAGGCAAGCCAGUCGCAUCCUGCUGCUCCGAGAGGACCUUCUGCACUCACCCGCUCACAUGCUGCCACCUGUGCUUCAGACCAUCCUUGGCAUGCCAUCAACCCCUGCUGGGGCGCACAGCGUGGAGCAUGGUCCGCCCACCAUGACUCGUGAGGAUGAGCAUGAGCCAUGGCAUCAUGGUACCACCCAGGGGCAUGAAGGUGCACAGCACGGCGAGCGCCAGCGCAACCAUGGAGUUAGCCGCGGGGAAGGCCGCAGGGAUGGUGUGGUGGAGGGGGCAGAGCUGGUGGCGUGUGCGGUGACGGUGGGGUAUGAGUACUGGACGGCGGAGGACAUUCUCACACACGUGCUGCCACCGCAUGUGCCCGUGCCCACGUCGUUUGAGAGCGUGGGGCACAUCGCGCACCUGAACCUGCUCGACGUGCACCUGCCCUACAAGUACCUUAUUGCGCAGUCAACCCCACGUCAAGGCAUCCGCACCCCACUCAUGUCCCCACCACAAUCAUAUCCCCAUGUCCCUGUGCUCCCUCCUUCCCAACGCACUCCACCCUUCCCCGUCAAUCUCUCUCUCUGCCUCCCUAAUCCCCCAACACCCCUUGCAACCCCCUUUCCUCCAUCCACCCAUCCUCCAUACAAGGUGCUCUUGGACAAGCACAAGCCGCGCAUCCUGUCGGUGGUGAACAAGACGGCGGCCAUCCACGCGGUGUACCGCACCAUGAAGCUCGAGCUGCUGGCGGGCAGCUUCCGCCUCAUCACCACCGCCAGGGAGAGCGGCCUCACCUUCAAAGUCGACUUCGCCCGCGUCUAUUGGAACUCUCGUUUGGCCACGGAGCGAGCUCGCCUCGUCUCAACCUUCUCGUCAGCCGAUGUUGUCUGCGAUGUGUUCGCGGGAGUGGGGCCGAUCGCAGUGGCGGCAGCGAAGCGCGUGAAGCGCGUGUAUGCCAACGACCUCAACCCCUCCGCACUCACCUUCCUCGCUCAAAACAUCAUUGGCAACCGUGUGGACGGCAAAGUCGAGAUAUUCAAUCUGGACGGCCGUGAUUUCAUCAGGCACCUGCUCUCACUGCCCCGCCCUGUGCACAUGACGCGGAUCGUCAUGAACCUGCCUGCAGACGCCAUCGAGUUCCUCGAUGUUCUCAAGGGGGCUUUUCCUCUGGGAAAGUGGGGCACCAGGACCCCUCCGCCCCUCAUCCAUGUGUAUGCAUUCUCCAAGGCCGCUGACCCUGAGCUAGAGCUAUCACAGCGCAUAUCAGCAGCGCUGGGCGGCACUGUCACGGGCAUUGACUUCCACAGGGUGCGUCUCGUGGCGCCCUCCAAGUGGAUGUUUUGCUGCUCCUUCCGCCUACCUCCCGCUGUAGCAUUUGAUUCCUGGUGA